CAAUGCAUUUCGUAAAUGUCAAAAUGGCGUCCUCCGGUGUACAUGCAGGGCGUCAUAUUUACAUCAAGAGUUUGACAUUUCUGAAUAAUUUGGAACAUAUAUAUCCUCGAAGAACUUUUGCAUGCACGGCAUCAGCUUGGCAGAAAACUGCAGUUGCAUCAAAUGGGUCGUCAGAAGAAAUUGUUAUUCCUCGAAAGAAAACAUGGAGUAAAGAAGCCGUCUUGCAGGCACUUACAUCUACAGUGAAAAGGGACCCUACAGCAUCACAUUACACGUUCCAGGAUGACUCAUACCUCACCCCAAGAACAUCAGGGGAAUUUAAACUGUACUCUCUCUCCCAAGAGUCCGGCAAAUCUGCAGCCAAGUACUUUAUUAACACAUACCCCAAGUUCUUCCAGAAGGACUUUGCUGAGCCGCAUAUUCCUUGUCUGAUGCCGGAGACCUUCCAGCUCCAGAUUGAGGAAGUGUCUGAAGCGGCCCUGGUUGAGCGCAUCCAGCUGAGAAAGGUCAAGGCUGCUGUGGACAUGUAUGAUCAGCUGCUGCAGUCUGGCACCACGUUGUCACUGGAUCUCACCAAUGACCUGUUGGACCUGAUCUGUCUCUAUGGUGACCAGGACCCAAAAGAUGACAGUGACCCAGAGCAAAAACCGGAGGAUGUGGAGGAGGUCCAAGAUGACCCCAGGAAGAGGAGACCGAGAAUACGCAGAGCAUCUGACAUCGUGAGGGUUGUCUGGAAAGAGAAUAACAACGCUGAAAGGAUUUUUAAUCUUAUGCCAGAGCGGGACAGCAGAUCAUAUGGCGCGCUGAUUCAAGGAAUGGCCAGGCACGAAGCCUAUGGCAAGGCGUUCAGUACCUACACCGAUUUGCUGAACAAUCGAUUAACAGCCAAUGUUCACACCUUCAACGCGCUGAUUUUGGCUUCCCCUGAGGUCCGGGAGAAGUACAUUGAGAAACGGGAGCUCAUUUUCGAGCUACUGAAUCAGAUGGCGGAGCAGAAGGUGAGGCCGAACCUGCUGACGUUCAAUGCUGCACUAAGGGCCCUGAGACGCUGUGGCAACAUGGCCAGAUCACAGGCACUCCUCAUCUUCGGCGAGAUGAAGGCCCUCGGCAUCACACCAAGUUUGGCUUCUUAUGACCACCUCCUAGGCAUCUUUUAUAAAGCUGCCUCCUCUACCCAGGGUCAUACAGAGAUCUUACAGGAUGUGCUGAAUGAAAUUUCUGGACAGAGCUUCGAGCCCCAGGACCCAGAUGAUGUGAUGUUCUUCCUGAACGCCAUGAGAGUUUGCCUGGAGCAUAAGGACCUAGAGGCGGCCUACCGGCUCCACAGCCUGAUGCAGGAGGGAGAGAACUGGAGACUGCUGGGAGACGCCCAUCAACAGAGCAUGUACUAUGGCAGAUUUUUCAACAUCCUGUGCAUGAUGGAGCACAUAGAUGUGGUCCUGAAGUGGUACAAGGAGCUGAUCCCUUCUCUGUAUUAUCCACACUCUCAAGGAAUGAUAGACCUACUUCAAGCACUUGACACAGACGGACGACUUGAUCUCAUCCCAGAGAUAUGGAAAGACAUCAAACAGAUAGGUCACGACAACAAGGUUGAGCUGGUGGAUGAGAUGCUGUCUCUGAUGGCCAGAGAGAAACAGAGCUCUGAGGUCCAGGAAUCGUUUGCACAGUGUGCUCUGGAUGUGAAGAGGCGCUAUGUUCCUACUGAGUUUGGCAAACCAGUUCUGGAAUGGACAGCCAACUCUCUGGGCAGCAUCACGUCUAUACUACUAGCAGCCCAGAAAAGGCAGCAAGCUUGGGAGAUGAUGAAGCUCUUCAAGGCCAGCAACAGAGUUCCAACCGAUGCUCUGAUGGAGGACUUCCUGUCGAGUAUAAAGGAGGUUCAGGACGCCAACCAAGCCGUGGAGCUGGUGCAGAUGUCCGCCAGAUACUGCCUCGCCGGCACACCGAUGCUCACCGAAAGGGUCCAGAAGGAGUUUGAGCUGACCGAGGAUCACAGGGCAACCCUGUCAUCACUGGAGUUUUCUUCUGAUGGCAACAGGGACCUCACCUGCUAAGUCCUUCAACCAUUACCAUUGUACUGUCACUUAAUGCUGUUGUACCUGUGAGUGCUGUGUAAUAAAACUAAUUCAUACCA